GGUUUUUGGCAUUAUGCAUAGUGGACACCAAACGUGUCAACAAAACAACUUCUUUUACAAUCUAACAACCCUCUGAAAAACUGGCAAAAGAAAAACUCUGAAAAAUUUGCUACUUCCACUUUUUUUUCCCCAGACCCAAAUUCGUUCUCUCUCCAUCGACUUUGUCGCUAUGGCCAAGAGCUCCUUUAAGUUGGAACACCCGCUCGAAAGGAGGCAGGCUGAAGCUGCUCGCAUUAGGGAAAAGUAUCCUGACAGAAUCCCAGUGAUAGUUGAAAGGGCGGAGAAGAGUGAUGUGCCUGAUAUUGAUAAGAAAAAAUAUCUGGUUCCUGCUGAUCUAACUGUUGGCCAAUUUGUCUAUGUUGUCCGAAAGAGGAUUAAGCUAAGUCCUGAGAAAGCUAUAUUCAUUUUUGUGAAGAACAUUCUACCCCCAACUGCUGCUAUGAUGUCUGCCAUCUAUGAGGAAAACAAGGAUGAAGAUGGAUUCCUUUACAUGACUUACAGUGGGGAGAACACAUUUGGGAUCAUUGAGGCAUAUGAUCAAGGGAUAUCCAUGUGAACAUGACUUGCAAAAAAAUAAAAUUAGUUUUUAAGAUGUAAAUACUCCGUUGGUCUCUACCAGGUCUAAGUGGAUGUUACCUAUUAUUAGUUCAAUACUCUGUCAAAUUGCCUCCUCUGACAAUUUCUUCUAAAGUUGGAACUAAUUUAUAUGAACUAAACAAAGUUUGCUUUGAUAUGGAUGUAUGCUAUGUCGGUUUGAUUAUGUAAGUAGCUGAAGCUUUAUGUAAAUUAGAUACGGUAUCUUGAUCGAAUUUACUCUUGGAAUUUC